GAGCACGAGCGUGGAGUAGGAGGACGAGAAGGGGCGGAGCAGUCCGUGGGCGAGGUGGCUGCUGGAGGCGAGCACGACCCGCCUAAGUUCUACUUUCCGCUCCAGAGGGGCCGCUUUGGGAGAGUCAGAGACCAGAAAUGAGUGGAAUGCUAUCUUAAGCCAAAAAAAAAGUUGUAAUUUUUAUUUAAUACUACUUAAAUGAAGAAAGAUAAAAAAAGAAAAAAAUUCCAAUGAUAAUUAUCCCAUUCAGACAUUAGUGAAUAUGUCGCUCAAUCCAAGUCGACCUUCCUCAUCAGAGUUGGUGGAACUUCAUGUUUUUUAUGUCCCUGAGGGAUCAUGGAACUAUAAGCUAAAUACCAUUUCAACAGAAGUUGUUAACAGAUUCAUUUCAGCUGGAUUUCUGAGAGUAUCUCCUCAACUUACUUUACAAGCCCUGAGGGAGCAUCUUGGUGAGUUCCUGGGUGAAGAUGCUAUUGCAGAAAAAUUUUUGUUUCUGAAAUGCAUUGGAAAUAAUUUAGCUGUGGUGAAGGAAAAGCAAGAAUCAGAACUGAAACUCAGAUCAUUUACUCCUCCAUAUGCUCUUCAACCAGAAUUAUAUUUGCUUCCUAUAAUGGACCACUUAGGAAAUGUUUAUUCACCAUCAUCAACAGUUAUUUUAGAUGAGCAGCAGACUAAUAAUGGUGGUACUGAGGUUGAUGGAACAAUCCACAGACCAAUUAGUGUAACUUUGUUCAAGGAGGAACCUGGAAGAGAUCCCAGUUUGUUAGAAAACACUUUGAAAGAGCUUCCUAACAAGAAUCAGGAAGAAGCAUCAGCUGGGGGAAAAGCCACUGCAGAACAAAGCCAGAUUGCAAAAAAUCAAAUUGGAAAUUCUGAGUUGCCAAGAUCAUUGGAAGAUUCAGAUAAUGAUUAUUUUGACAUCAAAAAAAGUCAGUGUCUUUGGAAAAAUGAAGAUGAUACAGCUAUCAACAGAACACAGGACAAUCAGAUAGCUGAAAAAGAGUACAUCACCUUACCAGAUCACCCUUUACUUCCUUGUCAACCUAUUCUUCCUUCAGAAAUAACUGCUAUCUCUUUAUUACAAACUGAAAGAGAGAAGAUUAUCAAACAAAUGAAACAAGUAAAGGAAGAAAGAAGGUAUCUGGAAAGAAAUAGAGAAGAACUGGUAAAAACAGAUGAAAAGCUAUUUGAACAAAGCAAAUUAAAGCGGUAUUAUGCCUAUUUUGGUUGGAAGAAAAAAUACUUGGAAACAAAGAAAGUCACAGCAUCAAUGGAGGAGGUUUUAACAAACCUUCGAGAAGAUUUGGAACUCUACUACAAAAAACUGCUCAUGCAACUUGAAGCCAGGGAGAUCAAGAUGAGACCAAAGAAUCUGGCAAGCAUCACAGGCCGUAAGAAUUACCUUAUAAUCCAGAUCACUGAGGUACAGCAUGCAAUUGACCAGCUUAAGCGAAAACUGGAUACUGACAAAAUGAAACUCAUAAUAGAAGUUAAGAGGAGAAAACAAGCAGUUUCAGAUUUACGCACAUUGAAAACUGAACUGGCACAAAAAAAAUUAAUACGUCUCUACAAUCUCAAUAAGGUACAUUAAUUUAAAACUUUUAUUUAUCAAAACAUUUAAAUAUUUAUUUGUACAGAUUUGUUUAACCGUUAUUCUCCUUGGCAAUGUUUUAUAUAAAGCAUAAGGAUUCUCUUUCUGCAUUUUGCAUGUAGGUAUCACAAAAUGUUUCAGGAAAUACUAGAUGCAAUAUAAAGAAAAAUGAUGACUGGUUAUUUUUAACAUUCCAAGUCUUUUAUGUAUUAUUUCACAGUACUAUAUUUUAUAAUUUUCAUUUCUAAUAAUCUUAAA